ACAGGAAUGAAGUAAGAGAGGAGUUCCGAAUAACUACUUUCGUUUUCCAUUCUCGAGCUGACAGACCACAGCAAAAAAGGGAAACCUACAAAGAACCAGCUAGAAACUAUGAGAAUUAUAAAAAGAUGUUACCAAUCUGCAUCAUUCCACAAAAAUCUCCACAUUCUUUUAAGGUUUAGCACAUAUCCACCAUCAAACAUUUCUUACUCUGUACAGAAAAGUCUUCAUCAAGAUAUGAAAAACAUUGGUACAUGUAGUAAAAAGAGUUCAACUUCACUAGACCUAGAAUGCACUGCACAGUCCAUUCAUACACAGAGUAAGAAUGACAUUGAGCCUUGGGAAGCAAUGGUAGAUUACUCAAAGUUAUCUCCCUUGGAAUUGAAAAUUCAUCAAAGACAUGUGGCAGCUCACCAGGCUGGAAAGCUCUUUUAUGUAGAUCCUCAGACUGGAUAUCAAGUUAUGACCAGACUGUCUCACUUACAGCGUGGAGAAUGUUGUGGAAAUGAAUGCCGACAUUGUCCAUAUGGCAGGAAGAAUGUCCCAGAUGACAAGAGAAGAAAGAAAUUCAACACCGCUUUCUAUGUUUGAUAAACAUUCCAAUAUAGAAAUACAUGUACUCUGUGAUGCUUUAGAAACAUUACCGGUAAAAAUAAAACAAUUAAAAGCAA